AUGCUUCGAUCCACCCUCUCACACAUGCAAAAGUCGGUUCGAGUGGCCUCCAUGGCCCGACAAUCCAUGGCUGCCGCCCGACUCUACUCCACAGACACCAACGGCUCUGGAUCUGGAAUCGAGGAGAUCGAGGAGCUGCGACAGGCUGCCAUUGACUUCUGCGCCGCGGAGAUCACUCCCGAGCUCCAGGAGAAGACCGACGUGGACAACGCCUUCCCCAACCAUCUAUGGGAGAAGUUUGGAGAGGCUGGUUUCCUCGGAAUGACUGCUCCUGAGAAGUACGGCGGUCUCAACCUCGGCUACCUCGCCCACUCUGUCGUUAUGGAGGAGCUGUCUCGAGCCUCUGGUUCUAUCGCUCUCUCCUACUCGGCGCAUUCCCAGCUGUGCAUCAACCAGCUGUCUCUGCACACCACCCCCGAGCAGGGAGAGAAGUACCUGCCCGAUCUGAUUGCCGGAAAGAAGAUUGGAGCUCUGGCCAUGUCCGAGGCCGGCGCUGGAUCCGACGUUGUCUCCAUGAAGACCACCGCCAAGAAGGUCGACGGAGGUUAUGUUCUCAAUGGUACCAAGAUGUGGAUCACCAACGGUCCCGACGCCGACUACAUGGUCGUCUACGCUAAGACUGAUCCCGCUGCCGGUGCCCGAGGAAUCACCGCCUUCAUUGUGGAGAAGGGCAUGGACGGCUUUUCCUGCGCCCGAAAGCUCGACAAGCUCGGUAUGCGAGGCUCCAACACCGGAGAGCUCAUCUUCGAGGACGUGUUUGUGCCCGAGGGCAACGUUCUUGGUAAGAUCAACGGCGGUGUCUACGUGCUCAUGUCCGGCCUGGAUCUCGAGCGACUGGUGCUUGCUGCUGGCCCCAUUGGUUUGAUGCACAGAGCUCUGGACGAGGCUCUUCCUUACGUCCACACCCGAACCCAGUUCGGUAAGCCCAUCGCCCACAACCAGCUGCUGCAGGGCAAGCUCGCCGACAUGUACACUGCCUUUGCCUCCACUCGAGCCUUCCAGUACCAGACUGCCAAGGCGGCUGAUCUCGGCCAGCACACUUCCAAGGAAUGUGCCUCUGUCAUUCUGCUUGCUGCCGAGCAGGCCACCCAGGUUGCUCUUGACGCCAUUCAGUGCAUGGGUGGCAUGGGCUACAUGAUGGAGACCGUUCCCCAGCGUCUGCUUCGAGACGCCAAGCUCUACGAGAUUGGAGCUGGAACUUCUGAGGUCCGACGAAUGCUCAUUGGCCGAGCCUUCAACAAGGAUUUCGCAUAA